GCCUCCCCACAGGCGGACACGGCGCACAGCCCGACAGGAAGUUCCCCGCUCCGUGCUGUGCCAUCUUCCUCAUACCACACACCGGAGACAGGGACCCGGGAGCCGUCACCGGAUUCCAGGGCCCAGCACAGCCGGACAUGGGAGAUCCGGGCAGCACGGAGCCUGACACCGGCACAGCGCUACAGGCUAUAGUGAACCUCGCAGGACAUGAAGACAAAGUUGGAAUGGAAGAUUUUGAACUGCUUAAAAUUCUGGGCACCGGAGCAUAUGGGAAAGUUUUCCUCGUGCGCAAAGUGACUGGCUCCGAUGCGAAGCGUCUUUAUGCCAUGAAGGUUCUGCGCAAAGCAGCGCUGGUCCAGAAGGAGAAGACCGCAGAACACACGCGGACGGAGCGCACCGUUCUGGAACAUGUGAGACAGAGCCCCUUCCUCGUGACCCUCCAUUAUGCCUUCCAGACAGAUGCCAAACUCCACCUCAUACUAGAUUACGUUAGCGGUGGGGAACUGUUCACUCACCUCUACCAGAGAGAUAACUUCUGUGAAGAUGCAGUACAGUUCUAUUCCGGAGAGGUUAUUCUGGCCAUUGAGCACUUACACAAGCUCGGAAUUGUUUACCGUGACAUUAAGCUUGAAAACAUCUUAUUGGACAGUGAUGGUCAUGUGGUUCUGACUGACUUUGGCCUGAGCAAGGAGUUUGUGGCUGAAGAGUGUGAGCGCACAUAUUCCUUCUGUGGCACAACUGAAUAUAUGGCGCCAGAAAUAAUACGAGGGCAGGGUGGUCAUGGCAAGUCGGUGGAUUGGUGGAGCUUAGGAAUCCUUAUUUAUGAGCUACUGACGGGAGCUUCCCCAUUCACACUGGAAGGAGAAAAGAACUCGCAGAGUGAGGUGUCCAGGCGAAUUCUGAAGAUGGAGCCCUCCUAUUCCUGCUCUUUAGGUCUGGAAGCUCGAGACCUCCUUCAGAAGCUGCUCCGCAAGGAUCCUAAAAAACGACUUGGUGCAGGAGGAGCUUCCCAAAUAAAAGAACACCCUUUUUAUCGGGGCCUGGACUGGGAAGCCCUUGCUCUCCGUAAAGUAACUCCUCCAUUCCGUCCCUCUAUCCGCAGUGAGACAGAUGUCAGUAAUUUUUCCGAUGAGUUUACAAGUCUUGAUCCGGUGUAUUCUCCUGCCGCUACUCCACCUUCUGGUGCUCGUAUAUUCCAGGGUUAUUCCUUUGUGGCACCUUCCGUCCUCUUUGGUGUAAAUGCCAUCAUGACAGAUAUGCCGGCUCCAUCUGUUGACAAACCUGGCAGCCCUACUCUGGCUCUGAGCGCAGCUAUGAAGGACUCGCCAUUCUUCCAGCAGUACGAGAUGGAUAUACAUGAGCCUGCACUAGGAUCAGGCAGUUUUUCAGUAUGUAGGAAAUGUAGACAUCGACAGACAAAGAAAGAGUAUGCUGUGAAAAUCCUGAGUAAGAGGAUGGAGGUGAACACUCAACGGGAAGUGGCGGCUCUGAAGUUAUGUCAGGGGCACCCAAACAUUGUGAACCUUCAUGAUGUUCUCCAUGACCAGUAUCACUCGUACCUGGUGAUGGAGCUCUUAGAUGGCGGGGAGUUACUGGAUCGAAUCAAGAAGCAGUCACGCUUUAGUGAGAUCGAGGCGAGCAGUCUAAUGCGGAGUCUGGUGAGUGCCGUUGCUCGUAUGCACGAAGCUGGUGUGGUGCACAGAGAUCUUAAACCCGAGAAUCUUCUUCUUUCAUCUCCCGGUGAAGAUGCUGUCCUAAAGGUGAUAGACUUUGGCUUUGCCAGGCUCCGUCCACCGGGGUCACGGCCCUUGCACACUCCGUGUUUUACACUGCACUAUGCCGCCCCAGAACUGCUGUCUCGUCAAGGCUACGAUGAGUCCUGUGAUUUAUGGAGCCUCGGGGUGAUCAUGUACACAAUGCUAUGUGGCCAGGUUCCCUUCCAAGGUGCGAGGGGGGGGUCUCCCCAGAGCCGCGCCGCUGACAUUAUUAACAAGAUCAAGGAGGGAGACGUCAUGAUGCAGGGAGAAAGCUGGGAUCACGUGAGCGAUGAAGCAAAGGAGCUGGUGAAAGGUUUGUUGACUGUAGAUCCCUCUUGUCGACUGAGCCUCAAUGAACUGCAGGAAAGUGAUUGGCUGCGCGGCGGACGACCUCUCUCAUCCACUCCCCUCAUGACACCGGAUGUUCUGGAAUCCAGUGGGAUGGCCACAAAAACCUGUGUACAUGCCACGUUUAUGGCAUUUAAUCGUGGUAAGCGCGAAGGAGUCUUCUUAAAGAGCGUGGAUAAUGCCCCCUUGGCGAAAAGACGCAAACUGAAGCAGUGCAGCACAGGAGGUGACGUUUGCAGCGGAUCCUCCUCUUCCUCUUCCUCCUCAACCUCAUCUGCUACCAAUGCAGCUCGAUCCCCCAAAUCCAGAGCGCCCCCACAAAGUCACAGGCCUGCAAAUUCAUAACUAUUUUCGUUAUUACGAAUACACUACAGGCCCUGCUAUCGUGUGCAAAAGGAGGAUACAACGGGGGG